CCCCAAGGUCACUGGGAGGGGAGCUGCGGCCGGGAACCGAGGCACCUCCUUCCAGCCGGCGCGGCGCUGACUUCGGAGCAGGUCGCCCAGACGCGGUGCGUCCGAGGGGAGUUCGGAGCACAGCGAAGUCGGCGCUCCAGAGCCGGGGUCCCAUGGGCCUUGGGGUCACACGCGGGACGGUGGCGCGGUCCCGAAACCCUCCUCGGAAUCGGACGCGUCUGGACAGAAGCCUCUGAUCUCUCAGCUGUGUCGCCACCCCAGUUUCUCCAGGUUCCAAUUCAGCCUCCACGUCGCAGUCGCUGGAAGAGCUACUCCGAGGAGAGCAUUGGCUCCCGGACUCCCCCCUCCUGAGCUGGGGCUGGUUCAGGGUCAGCCGCCGGACAGAGGGCUGGCAAGUGCGGGAGGACCGCCGCCGGGCCGCCGAGGCGAGGGCGCGGGGCAUUUCGCCUGAAUCCAGCGCGCUCUCCGCAGCCACCAGGUGUCUCAAGCCUUAUUCCCGGAAUCCCCUCCGUGCAGGCUUCUCUCUGCAAACUUCUCACUCUGUUUCAGGAGCUCCCCGCCCCUCCAAGGCUGGUAAGAGCGGCAGGUACCAGUCCUGAGCGCCGAGGACUGGGCUGGAAGAGCAGGCCACUGUCAGGGCUGGGAUCCGAGCGGCCUCCUGGCCCUGCAGCCCCCAUGCUCCUGCCAUGGGUAUCAGGACUAGGGGCGGGAAUGGUCUUCCUGCACUUCCUGCAGAAACUGCUGUUCCCUUACUUCUGGAAGGACCUCUGGUUCCUGCUGAAGGUGAUCCGCUGUGGAAUUCGGGUCGAGCUGUACCGUCGGAGAGGGGAGCUGGUCACUGUCCUGGAUACAUUUCUGGGCCAGGCCAGGAAGCAGCCCCGGAAACCCUUCAUCGUGUAUGAGGGAGACACCUAUACCUACGAGGAUGUGGACAAAAGGAGCAGCAGAGUGGCCCACGUCCUCCUGAGCCAUUCCCUGCUGGGAAAGGGGGACACCGUGGCUCUGCUGAUGAGCAAUGAGCCCGACUUUGUCCACGUGUGGUUUGGCCUGGCCAAGCUGGGCUGCGUGGUGGCCUUCCUCAACUCCAACAUCCGGUCCACCUCCCUCCUGCACUGCAUCCGCAGCUGUGAGCCUCGGGCCCUGGUGGUGGGCGCAGAUUUGCUUGAAGCUGUAGAAGAAAUCCUCCCCAGCCUCCCCGACAACUUGAGUGUUUGGGCGGUAAGAGAUUCUGUUCCACGAGGCGUAAAUUCACUCACAGAGAAACUGAGGACAGCAUCUGACAAGCCGCUGCCACGCAGCCACCAUGUUGUCUCGAACCUCAAGACUCCGUCUCUUUAUAUUUUCACCUCUGGAACAACAGGUCUACCAAAAGCAGCUGUGAUUACCCAGAUGCAGGCUUUAAAGGGUGCUGCUGGAUUGGGGGCUUUUGGUUGUACUAGUGAUGACAUCAUUUAUAUAACCCUUCCUCUGUAUCAUAGUUCUGGAGCUAUCCUGGGAAUUGGUGGAUGUAUUGAGUUAGGAGCUACUUGUGUAUUAAAGAAGAAAUUCUCAGCAAGCCAGUUUUGGAAUGACUGCAAAAAGUAUAAUGUGACUGUGUUUCAGUAUAUUGGAGAAAUUUGUCGUUACCUUUGCAAACAACCUAAGAGAGAAGGAGAAAAGGAUCAUCAGGUGCGUUUGGCAGUUGGAAAUGGUGUACGGAGUGAUGUAUGGAGAGAAUUUUUAGACAGAUUUGGAAACAUCAAGAUGUGUGAGCUUUAUGGAGCUACUGAAGGGAACAUUUGUUUUAUGAAUCACAUUGGGAAAGUUGGAGCAGUCGGGAGAACAAAUUUCUUUUACAAAUUUUUUUUCACUUUUGACUUGAUAAAGUAUGAUUUCCAGAAAGAUGAGCCCAUUAGAAAUGAGCAGGGCUGGUGUAGUCACGUAAAAAAAGGAGAACCUGGACUUCUCAUUUCCCGAGUGAAUGAAAAGAAUCCCUUCUUUGGUUAUGUUGGGAAUAAAAAGCACACUGAAAAGAAAUUGCUAUGUGAUGUUUUCAAGAAGGGAGAUGUUUACUUUAACACAGGAGAUUUAAUGGUCCAAGAUCACGAGAAUUUUCUCUAUUUUUAUGACCGUAUUGGAGACACUUUCAGAUGGAAAGGAGAAAACAUUGCAACCACGGAGGUUGCUGAUAUUAUUGGAAUGUUGGAUUUCAUACAAGAAUCAAACGUAUAUGGUGUGGCGGUGCCAGAUUGUGAAGGAAAAACAGGAAUGGCCUCUAUUACUUUAAAACCAAAUAAGUCUUUAGACUUGGAAAAAGUUUAUGAACAAGUUGUAACAUUUCUACCAGCUUACGCCUGCCCACGAUUUUUAAGAAUUCAGGAAAAGAUGGAAACAACAGGGACAUUCAAACCAAAGAAGUUUCAGUUGGUGCAAGAAGGAUUUAGUCCAUUGAAAAUUUCUGAUCCACUUUACUUCAUGGAUAACUUGAAAAAAACUUAUGUUCCAUUGACCAAAGAACUUUAUGAUCAAAUAAUGUUAGGUGAGAUCAAACUUUAAGGUUUCUUUUAUAUACAGCGUUUUCAAAUGCUUUCUUAGGAGAGGUGAGAGGAGAGUAUGUGGUUCUUCAGCAUGAAAUGGAGGAAAGGAACUGACAUUAAGCCUGGGCGGUAUUUCCUUAUUAUGCAAUAGCUUUUCUUUAAUUAAGAACUUUAAUUUGCUUUAAUAACAAAAUUUAAUUAAUUAUCUUUUUUACCUAUAUGGGGAAUAUGGGGAUUCAGUGCCUAACUAAAUACUUGCCUUAAUCACAAAAUUCUUAAAUAAUAAAUAAUUAGCUAUUGUCUAGAUACUUACUAAAAAAUGUACUUUUUAACAUUUAAAGUUUCUAGUUUUGAAUAAUUGUUAAAUUACUCAAAUAUUUAAUUUUUAUGUGCCCUGUCCUGUAAUUCAAUAAAACCAUCUUCAUUAAUA